AUGGCUAAAAUUUAUUCAAAAAAUGACAUUUAUAAACCAUUUUGUGUCGGUAUUUACUUGGGCAAGAGCAAACCCAACAUAGAAGAUUAUUUGGACGAAUCUAUUCAGGAAUCAAAUGAUCUUUAUUUAAGAAAAAUAAAUAUUGAUGGACGAGAUUUUCGAGUUAAAAUUAAGUGUUUCGUGGCUGAUACUUCAGCCCGAGCUGACCUUAAGUGUACAAAAGGUCACACCGGUUUCUAUGCUUGCGAACGUUGCCCUGUUAAAGGCAAAAGAAUUAGAUCAAAAAAUAAAAAUAGUAAGAAAGGGAGUAAAGUAAUUUACCCGUUAUCGAAAAAGCCUGAACGAUCGGAUGCCUCUUUUCGAAUGCAAUUACAAUCUGAGCAUCAUCAUAAGAAAACACUUCUCCGGAAAUUAUAA